UUAGUAAACCCUCAAAACGUAGAAAGCAUCGACAAUCUUUUCCAACUUAUUCCUCUCACCAACCCCCACCACCUCACUCCGGCCACCUCUCUCAGACGAAAAGGGGAUCAAAUCACCCAUUAACGGAUAUGCCUUCCGAUCAGCAUCAACCGUUACUGACUUCCGACGAUAGAGAAACCGCCUACGAACCCAACGAAAAAGUACAUGUAGUAGGAGUAGACGACGACCAACACCAAUUCGACGAGUACGGCGACAAAACGCCGCCGUUCUCAUGGCGGAAGUUAUGGGUGUUCACUGGACCCGGAUUAUUGAUGAGUAUAGCGUUCUUGGAUCCGGGUAACUUAGAGGGUGAUCUUCAGGCGGGUGCGAUCGCGGGUUAUUCACUCUUAUGGUUGCUUUUGUGGGCUACGGCUAUUGGCUUGCUCGUUCAACUUUUAUCGGCUCGGCUUGGUGUAGUCACCGGGAGGCAUUUGGCUGAGCUGUGCAGGGAAGAAUACCCGAAUUGGGCGGGGAAGUUACUGUGGAUCAUGACUGAGCUCGCACUUAUCGGAGCCGAUAUUCAAGAAGUUAUUGGGAGUGCGAUUGCUCUCAAGAUUUUGACAAUUGGGUUUUUGCCCCUUUGGGCUGGUGUCCUUAUCACUGCCUUCGAUUGUUUCAUCUUCUUAUUUCUCGAAAACUAUGGUGUGAGGAAGCUAGAGGCACUUUUCGGGGUGCUAAUUGCAGUAAUGGCAGUCUCAUUUGCUUGGAUGUUUGGUGAAACUAAGCCCGAUGGCAAGGAGCUUCUUGUUGGUAUUGUGGUUCCAAAACUUAAUUCAAAAACAAUCCAGCAAGCAGUGGGAGUCGUUGGCUGCAUUAUAAUGCCGCAUAAUGUGUUCUUACAUUCUGCACUUGUACAAUCGAGAGAAAUCGACCCACGAAAAACCGGUCGGGUCCGAGAAGCUCUGAAGUACUACUCGAUAGAAUCUGCCAUAGCACUUGCUAUUUCGUUCAUUAUUAACCUCUUUGUAACGACUGUAUUUGCAAAGGCGUUCUUUGGUACUGAAAUAGCCAAUACUAUUGGUCUUGGGAACGCUGGUCAGUUUCUUCAAGAGAAGUUCGGUGGAGGGUUUGUGCCGAUUCUGUAUAUUUGGGCUGUCGGGUUGUUAGCGGCUGGACAAAGUAGUACGAUCACGGGAACGUAUGCCGGCCAGUUUAUUAUGGGUGGUUUUCUUGAUUUGAGAUUGAAGAAAUGGGCAAGGGCAUUAAUAACACGUAGCUGUGCUAUAGUUCCGACGUUGAUGGUUGCUCUAAUUUUCGAUAGUUCUGAGGAGACGUUGGACUCGCUAAAUGAAUGGCUGAAUAUCCUCCAGUCUGUUCAGAUCCCGUUUGCGCUUAUUCCUCUUCUGUGUCUGGUGGCCAAAGACGAUCUCAUGGGCGUUUUCAAGAUCGGUCCUGUUCUAAAGACAAUCUCGUGGUUUGUGGCUGUGCUUGUGAUGGCGAUAAACGGGUAUCUAUUGCAACAAUUUUUUGCUGAAGAAGUAAGCGGGCCGGUCUUUACUUCUAUUGUCAUCGUCUUCACUGCUGCAUACGUCGCAUUCGUGGUGUACCUUAUUUGGCGAAGCGUUACCGUAUCUACAUUUGGUUUCUUGAAGCCAAGAAGCCAAGUAAUGUAGAGCUUUUACACGCUGGUAUAUGUAUAUAAUUUAUGCUUUUCAGGCUAUAUUAUUAACACAAUCGUAAUCCUAGCAGCCGAAAUCCGUCAGAAAAAUGACAUCGUUAUGUUGUAGCAACGUCGUAGAUGUUAGUGUUUAUGACCUCUUAUUGAAGGCUGAUCACGUUGCACUGAUGUAGCAGUAUGUAAGACCUCUCUUUGGAAAGAUUAAGCAACUGAAUAUGGAAACGACCUCUUUACUGUUUGGAGUAGAAGAAAAUUCU